GACGAGCUAACCCGAGAAACACAACCGUUAAGACUUUCUAAUAAGACAUUUAAAUGGAGUCAGCAGAGGUCCAACCAUGCUGCUCUAGAAAACCUCCACAGUCUUCUGCUCCUGUUGGCUCAGAGGUUAGUGGUAAUGUGCGCACAGAAACAUGUACAGUGUCUGGUGGAGAGACCUCAGGCUCUGUGGGACAAGCCACGGACCUUCAGAUGGAUAUCAAAAAGGAAGAACCUGAAUAUGAAGAGUGAAACCACGACAGGCUUUGUGGGACACAUCACACCAGUGUGUCAACACACACAUGUAAAAAAGGAAGAACCUGAAGAAGAAGACUAUCUCUGUGAUUGGACAUUGAACUCUGUGUCCAAACCAAAUGGAGGAUUUCAAAUGAAGCAUGUAAAAGAGGAAGAGUCUGAGGAUGAAGACUACCCCCAUACAAUGGAAAUAAACACUGCCCAUGUCUUGUCCUGCUCCUGGUGUUCACUUUCUUGUACAUCUCAAAAUUACCUCCAGAAACACAUCAGAAUAUACCACUAUGAGGAAUAUGAGAGAUUAAAAUCAGAAGAGGUACUGUAUGACGAUCUGAUGCCCACAAUAAGCUCCAGCAUUCAGCAAACAGUCUCUGGUUAUACCUCAAAUCAGCGAACGAGGAAAGGAGUCUAUCCCUGCUCACAGUGUGGGAAGAGUUUUACUGACCGGAGUAAUCUCAGACGACACCAUCGCAUUCACACAGGGGUGAAGCCACAUCACUGCUCAUGGUGUGGAAAGUGUUUUAUUCAAAGGAGAGAUCUCAAAGAACACCAAGUCAUUCACACAGGUGAGAAGUUGUAUCAGUGCUCGCAGUGCGGGAAGAGUUUUUCUCGACAGCGUGAUCUCCAAAUACACCAACGGACUCACACAGAAGAAAAGCUGUAUCGCUGCUCAGAGUGUUCAAAAAGUUUUAAUCGGCAGAGCAACCUCAUACAACACCAGGUCAUUCACACGGGAGAGAAGCCGUAUUACUGCCCACAGUGUGGGAAGAGUUUUACUCGACAGAGUAACCUCAUACAACACCAGGUCCUUCACACAGGAGAGAAACCGUAUCACUGCUCACAAUGUGGGAAGAGUUUUAUUCACCAGAGUUAUCUCCAACGACACCAGUGUGUUCACGCGGGAGAGAAGCCGUAUCGGUGCUCACAGUGUGAGAAGAGUUUUACUCGACAGAUUGAUGUCCAGCGACACCAGCGUCUUCACACGGGAGAGAAGCCGUAUCAGUGCUCACAGUGUGGGAAGAGUUUUACUCGACAGAGUACCCUUAAAUCACACUGGCAUGUUCACACAGGACAGAAGCCAUAUGACUGCUCAGAGUGUGGGAAGAGUUUUACUCGACAUAGUGAUCUCCAACGACAUCAACGCGUUCACACAGGAGAGAAACCGUAUUGCUGCUUACAGUGUGGGAAGGGUUUUACUCGACAUAGUACGCUUGAAGCACACCAGAUCGUUCACACAGGACAGGAGUAUGGAGUUCAAGUCAUGCCAUUAGAAAUCUGAAUUUGAAUGCUAAAAUCUGAAUUUGAAUGUUCUUAAUGAAUUUUGAACUGUUCAGGUGUGACAAAUGGAUUCAAAUUUUGUCGUAUACAUGGAAAUGUUCAUUGCAUUACUGAUUAAUGUGCUAGCUCAUUCCAUAUUCAAUCUCAAAGCUGUCCAUAUGUAAGGAGGAAAGAUCUCAGUGGAGUGUAGAUCAUCUUGGCACUACAGAUGGCACAGUGCUAUGAAAAAGUAUUUGCCUCCAUACUGAUUUCUUCUGUUUUUGUGUAUAUCUCCUACUAAAUAGUUUUAGAUCUUUAAACGAAAUGCAACUAGGGAUGUCACGACAACCGAUACUUCGGUACCAACAUUCUUAAAACGUACUUGUUUUUCUGGAGUAGCGUUGGUACUGUAUCUAAUGGAGGUACCAGGGUUGCAAUUCUUCUGGACCUGAUGGGGGCAGCAAAUACGCGCAAGUGUUUUAGUCAGUCCACAAGUGGUGAAGAAGAAGAACAACAACUAGAAGCACAUGGGGAAAAACUACAGAAGAUGGCGACGAGUUUAGCUCCGCCCCAACUCGUUGAGAGGAAAGAUGGUAAGAGUCAAAUAUGUAAAUACUUCGCAUUCGAGGUGGAUGACAACAAACACACAAUUGAUGCUCUGAAGCCAGUGUGCAACUGAUGUUAUUGUUCAUUUCAAACAAAGCAAGGAAAUACCUGGAAUUUGGUGAAGCACCUGAAAGACGGUCCCUAUAUUAUGUUUGUUUGAGGCAGCUACAUUGUGACCGUGAAACCAGCUAACGUUAUGCUCCAUGUAAUGUUUGCGAUAGCCAGUUAUUUGUUAACGACGCUAACACAUUAAAUGUUAUAAACUACCUCCUAAUGGACCACCAUGCAUCACCGUUCAGCCCGUGUCCUGUCAGCUAAAUGUAGCCUAAUGUCACUAAUAAUUAUUCAAAUGUUCAUGUUUUUAAUAAGUCCUUCUGGCCUCCCACCAG